UUGGCUGACAACUGACCAGUGCUCUGUUGUUCAGUACAAAUUGAAGGGAUACCGCAUUGAGAACAAGUAACAGAUAGAAUAUCAAUAAUCGGGUCAAAUAUACCCAGAACUACUGGUAGUGUUUCGGACGGAUGAAUGCAGAACAGCUUCGAGUGUCCGGAGGUUUGUUUUGAAGUAAACUAUGCUAGCACUGCUAGCUAACUAGCCAGCGUCUUGUCGCCUCCUCUUCACAGGUUUCUGCUGUUGAGUCUGCCAGGCUUGUGCUAGAGGCAGCGAGGCCACCAAAUUAAUGCCAUCAGCCAGGAACUCAGGUCAUAUCAUGAGCGGGGCCAGUUGCAAAGCUAACGGCGCCGUCUACCCUGCCUCAUCAGCAAUGAUGAACUCUGUAAAAAAGCCGAAGAUGGAGCAGAUUCAGGCCGACCAUGAGCUGUUCCUACAGGCCUUUGAAAAACCAACUCAGAUAUACAGAUUUCUACGCACAAGGAAUUUGAUUGCACCCAUAUUUUUGCACAGGACACUCACCUUCAUGUCUCACAGAAAUGGUCGAACAAAUGCCAGAAGGAAAACAUUCAAAGUGGAUGAUAUGUUGCAGACAGUGGUGAAGAUGAAGGGGGAGCAGGAUUCUCCAAGCUUGUCCUCACAUCUACAGUUAACAUUCACUGGGUUCUUCCAUAAGGAUGAAAAGCCAUCUCAGAAUUCAGAAAAUGAACAAAAUUCUGUGUCCUUAGAGGUGCUACUUGUCAAAGUCUGCCAUAAAAAACGCAAGGAUGUCAGCUGCCCGAUAAAGCAAGUGCCUACAGGUAAAAAGCAGGUGCCUUUGAAUCCCGACAGUAACCAAACCAAGCCCGGCUCCUACCCUUCCUUACUGGUUCCCAGCAAUGAAUUUGAGCCCAGCAACAGCCACAUGGUGAAGUCCUACUCGCUUCUGUUCAGGGUAUCGCGCACAGGGAGAAGGGAUGCCAGUGGUCUAGUGAAUGGAGAGGCCAAUGAAAACAUUGAUGUAACAGAUACUCCUACUAGAAAGAAGCGAAGUUCAUCCCAUAGGGAUGAAGGCGAGACCACAGAGACCUAUGUUGCACAGAUGACCGUCUUUGAUAAGAAUAGGAGACUGCAGCUGCUGGAUGGGGAGUAUGAGGUGUCAAUGCAAGGGAUGGACGACAGCCCUGUGAGCAAGAAGCGAGCCACAUGGGAAACCAUUCUUGAUGGGAAGAGACUGCCACCAUUUGAGACAUUUUCUCAGGGACCCACAUUGCAGUUCACGCUGCGUUGGACAGGUGAUGGCAGUGGAAAGUCCACUGCUCCUGUGGCUAAACCCCUCUCUACGCGCAACUCGGAUAGCUCCAGCCCUAUGGAGACCAGAACCAGCAACCACCGAACUGCCCUCAUGACAGUGAAAGAGUCAGUCAGCACAGACAUUCAGACGAAGAAAGAGCAGGUCCCAUGUGAGCCGCGACAGAAGCUACGUAUAUUUUAUCAGUUUCUGUACAACAAUAAUACGCGGCAGCAGACGGAGGCGAGAGAUGAUCUUCACUGUCCCUGGUGUACCCUGAACUGCAGCAAACUCUACAGCCUGCUCAAACACCUCAAACUCUCCCACUCCCGCUUUAUCUUCAACUACGUGCCUCACCCUAAAGGAGCAAGGAUAGACGUUUCCAUCAACGAGUGCUAUGACGGCUCAUACGUUGGCAACCCUCAGGACAUUCACAGCCAGCCAGGUUUUGCUUUUAGCCGCAACGGCCCAGUCAAGAGGACCGCUGUGACUCACGUACUGGUUUCCAGGCCCAAGAGGACCAAACCAAGUCUUUCAGAGUUCCUGGAGUCUGAGGACGGAGAGUUGGAGCAGCAGAGGACCUACGUCAGUGGACAUAACCGCCUUUAUUUCCACAGUGAUAGCUGCAUGCCCCUGCGGCCUCAGGAAAUGGAUGUAGACAGCGAGGAUGAAAGGGAUCCAGAGUGGCUCAGGGAGAAAACUGCCACGCAACUGGAUGAGUUCACGGACGUUAAUGAAGGAGAGAAGGAGGUGAUGAAGCUGUGGAACCUGCACGUCAUGAAGCAUGGCUUCAUUGCAGACAACCAGAUGAAUCAGGCCAUCAUGCUUUUCGUGGAGGACCGCGGCGCUCACAUCAUCCGCCGCAACCUCUGCCGCAACUUCCUCUUGCACCUAGUCAGCAUGCACGACUUCAACCUGGUAAGCACAUCCACCAUCGAUCGUGCGAUGGCCCGACUGCGGCAGAUACAAGAAGAGCUGCCGGAAGGCGAUACAUCGAGCUGCUCUAAAGAGGAAAUCUCACUGGAUGCAAAAGAUAAAAAUGGCUCAAGUUCAGCUACAGGGCUUUCGGGAACACAGCCCCAACCAGUGCCGGAGACAAGAGAUGCUUUGUGCGCAAAAGGGGCUAAAAUUGCUCCGAUUUUCUUACGAGCGAUACAGCAAAGAAAGCGGAGCAGCGACGGGGAGCUGGACCAGCCUCUGGAUAGCACGCAGCAAUCCGUGCUCCCUCUUCAAGGUGAUAACGUGCAACCAGUAAAACGUCCACCUGCAGUUUCUCACGUGACAAUAAAGGACGGGUGUCAGGGACAGCUGUCACCCUCAGUUCUGCACAGCUGCCUGGAAGAAAUCCAAACUUCUAAUCCAGCAUUUCCAGUCCAAGCUGUUCUCAACACUUUGAGGAAGAAGGCAGGAGAAGGGCUGCAGGAGCAUGCACUCACAGAAAAGAGAAAACGGGUAGAUGAACUCUUGCAGAGGGUACCGAAGCGUCUGAGGUCUGCAGAGAGUGAUGCAGGUGUGGGUCACUCAUCACAUCAGGAUGUCCUGGGAAGCAGUAGUGUUCACCCUGCAGAGAAACAGCCCAGGUGCAGCAAGCUGAGUCGCACUCGCAGACUGAAGCAACAGAGGGCGAGCCAACCAAGUCUUGAUGAGCCGAACUUAAUGAAAAGCUGUGAUCCUCUUCAAAGAAAUUUAUUUUUUGAGGAUACGCUGUGGACAGAUAAGUACAGUCCCCAGCAUUCGAGUGAGGUCAUUGGUAAUCCUGCAUCUGUGAAUAAAUUGUACAGUUGGUUAAGGAAAUGGAAACUAAGAGCCGCCCGUGACAAGGAGAGACAAAUGGAGGAAAAGAAGCAACAGGAAAACAGUAAUGAGUCAUGGGAUUGUGGAGACUUCCAGGGUGAAGCUGGAUCAGACGAUGGCAGAGAGGACCUACUGGGUAACACCCUGCUGAUUACAGGACCGUCAGGUGUGGGCAAGACUGCUUCGGUGUACGCCUGUGCUCAGGAGCUGGGCUUCAAGGUGUUUGAGGUGAACUGUUCCUCACAGCGCAAUGGGCGCAAUGUUCUGUCCCAGCUAAAGGAGGUUACCCAGUCACACCUAGUGGAGACGUCGGGGAAAGACCAGCUGAAACCGGCUUACUUCAACACCUUCAACACCAACACCUGCACUUCUAAAUCUGAGAUUUUACUAGGAAAAAGGGUGCUUCCUAAAAAUGUCACUUCCACCUCAAAAAGAAGAACAUCACAGAAUUUGAGAGGCUCUCGUUGCAGCGCAAAAACAAAAUCAGCCACAGUCACUCUGACUCGCUAUUUUAGGAUGAAGGCCAAAGCAGAUCACUUACAGUCUGGUUUCCUGUCAACAUCUGAAAGGCCAGAGAACAAGAAACUGGUCAACUCAUCGUCAGGCUCUGAUGUAGCAGAGAAAAAGACAGCCACUUCACUUAUUCUCUUUGAAGAGGUUGACGUUAUAUUUGACGAUGACGUCGGUUUCCUUGCAGCCAUUAAGGCUUUUAUGAGUACCACUAAAAGACCAGUCAUUUUGACUACGAACGAUCCCUUAUUCAAGGAUCGAUUCGACGGCAGCUUGGAUGAAAUCAUUUUCAAAACUCCAUCAGCAGUGAAUAUGUGCAGUUACCUGCAGCUGGUGUGUCUGGCUGAGGGAGUGCAGCUGGAUUUGGGUGACGUCAGCAGCCUCCUCAGACUCACCUGUGGUGAUGUCAGACGCUGCCUGCUGCAGCUGCAGGUCUGGGUGCAGAGUGGUGGAAGGUCUGAGAAACCCAUCUGUGUGCAGUACGCAGAUGCUGCUGAAGGAGAAUAUUUAGACUCAUUUCCUCCGUACAAAACAGGCUGCUCUGCUAGCAUGCUGGGUCUUUGCGGUGUAACUCCAGAACAUUUGCUGAACCUUCUAAAGUCCUCGUCUAAAAAGCACAUGGACGAGCUCUUGAUGCUUCUCGCUGAGAGCUGGAGACGAGGCGUGCCGCUUCUCUAUUUGAACCUGGAGCUUCUGCUGUCUGUAGCAGCUCAGCAUACUACGGUUCGAUGCUUGGAAACAGUAGCUUAUUCCAGGCUACAGUGCGACCAAUCGGAUGUUGGGCUUCACAUCGAGCAGCACAAUAGAAGCAUUUAUCAAAGGGCUUCACUGACCAACAGCAAAUCUGUAAGCCAUAUGUCGAGGCUUAGCAGAAGGAAGUAUAACAACACAUCAUCUCACAGUUUGGGCCUUGAAAAAACAUUCUCAUUCAGUGGGACUCCUUCAAAAGCUCUGCAUUCAGGCAGUACGGCUCAACAAAUUGCAGCUAAAGAGGAGAGUGAGUGUUUAGACGCCCUGACUGACUUCUUUGACAUCAUGUCCUACCUCGAUGCCACCCUGCCGCCCACAGGGACGCGUGUUUCCGACUCCUGCGCACCCGAGUCAUUUGUGUGGACAGGAGCGGAGCUAAAGGCUGGUUUGUUGGAUGAGAUGAGGGAGGGAGAGGACAGCAGCUACAGUCAGGAGAGGCUGUUGGACAUUCAGGCUGCUGCUGAAGGUUUGGGGUGUCACAGGUGCUUGUGCAGAGCGUCUGAAGCAUGGACUGAAGUGCAAAAAAUCAGACAGGUGCUAGAGAACAAAAGGUGGGGGAGGCUGAUGGAGAGACUUGCAUUGACCUCUUCUAAAAGACACAGUCUCAGCUUUAGUUUUCAGCCUCUCUGUGAGCCAAGUUUGUCCCAAAGAAGAUUCAGACUGAACAGGACGGUUCUCAGCAGUAAACCCUUCGUUUUGCUGGGGAACAGACGGGCUGUGUGUGUCGACUACAUGCCGGUCCUCCGCUCCAUCUGCCGCUUACAUAAAGCACAGCAACAAAAACAAGAGCCACUGAGGUGUAUGAACUACCUCAACAACAUUCACCUGGGCCUCUCAAAGUCAACUAUGCAGCUCCUGGCAGAAGGUUUCACGUGACUCCUAAAAGACUAUUGAACCUGACAUCAUCUCUACCUCAGCUUACUCUUGUUUUGCACAAAAUGCUAGGACAACAGCCGUCACUGCCCCUGUCAGGGUUAGUAGCAGAAAUAAACACAGGAGCAGCCCUUAUACUCAAACAGU